AUGUCACGAGCGCGUAGGUGUGCUCGGAUUUCAAUUUGGAUAUCGUUAGAGUCCCGAACGGAUAUCGCAUAUCGCGUAUUUUCCGGGUUCGCUAGGUUUGGACCGUUGGAUGGAUCGUGUAGGAUUCGACGGAUCGUAAAACGGAGUCCCGGAUACUCCGGAAAUGCCAACCCUGGGGUUAAAGUUUUAGUAACCGUCCGAUCGUGCGAUCGUGAGCGAUCCGACCGUCCGAUCUGGACCAAACUUGCAGGACGUGCAUCCUAG